AAACUCCAUUAACAGACACUUUUUUUUUAUUAAUUUUCUCGACCUCUUUCAAAACUCUGAAAAUUCCUCUCUCUUUCUCUCUGUAGAGAGACAAACAAACAUCGAGAGAACGAAAGAGAAAGAUCUGCCAAAAAUCAAACAGGGGUUGGUUUUUUGAGGCUGGUUUUGGCAAAUUGGAAAUGGGUAUUGAAUUCUAAUUGAAGAAUGGGAGGAAUGUGAAUGUUUUUUGAAGGGGUCGAAUUUUUGGGGUGGUUUUGAUCUUUGGUGUCCGAGGGGUUUGUAUGUAGAAAUGGCUGACAUAGCAGGCUUACAAGAAGCAGCAGGGUCUAGAUUUAGUCAGUUGGAGUUGAUUGGCAGAGGAUCCUUUGGGGACGUCUAUAAAGCGUUUGAUAAGGAACUGAACAAAGAAGUUGCUAUUAAAGUAAUUGAUUUAGAGGAAUCUGAGGAUGAAAUUGAGGACAUCCAGAAGGAAAUUUCUGUUUUGUCACAAUGCCGUUCUCAAUACAUCACUGAGUAUUAUGGUUCCUAUCUUCACCAAACUAAACUAUGGAUAAUAAUGGAAUACAUGGCUGGUGGUUCAGUUGCUGACCUACUCCAAUCAGGCCCUCCACUAGAUGAAAUGUCAAUUGCCUGCAUCUCACGGGAUUUGCUGCAUGCAAUUGAAUACUUACAUAAUGAAGGGAAGAUUCACAGAGAUAUCAAAGCGGCAAACAUUUUAUUGACUGAGAAUGGUGAUGUUAAGGUUGCUGAUUUCGGUGUGUCAGCGCAAUUAACAAGGACAAUAUCAAGGAGGAAGACUUUUGUAGGAACACCAUUCUGGAUGGCACCAGAAGUGAUUCAGAAUUCUGAAGGAUACAAUGAGAAGGCAGAUAUCUGGUCUUUGGGCAUAACAGUGAUUGAAAUGGCCAAAGGAGAGCCGCCACUUGCAGACCUUCACCCUAUGAGAGUUCUUUUUAUAAUACCUCGAGAAAAUCCACCGCAGUUAGACGAGCAUUUUUCUCGCCCUAUGAAAGAAUUUGUUUCCUUAUGUUUAAAGAAAGUGCCUGCUGAGAGGCCUAGUGCCAAGGAACUUCUCAAGCAUCGUUUUAUCAGGAAUGCUAGGAAGAGUCAGAGGCUUCUGGAGAGAAUUAGAGAGCGCCCAAAAUACCAAUUAAAGGAAGAUGCAGAAACCCCCAGAAAUGGCCCCAAAGCUGUAGGAGAGUCAACUGACACUGUGAAGGUGACAAGAGAUAUAAGAGGUGAAGAAACUGUUCGAGCUAGUAAUCAGGGGAAAACAUUUAAGAAUGCUGGAUGGGACUUCAGCAUUGGUGGAGCACAGAGUACAGGUACUGUCCGAAAUGCUGUAAGACCUCCUCAGGUUAGAGAAAGGAAACUAGAAGUUGUAUAUAAUCAAGCUACACCAAGAACUCCAGAGAGUGUUAACACGCUCAAUGAAUUCCCAGAAGUUUCUUUUGGAAAAGACACUAAGGAGUCAUAUUAUGAUGAACAUCAGGAUAAUUACCAAGAGGAUGAUGACACAUCUGUCAGCGGGUCCGGAACUGUUGUCAUAAGAUCUCCCAGAGGAUCUCAAUCAUCUGCGUUAUUUCGUGACCCAAGCUCUCUUUCUAGCAGCGCAUAUGCUUCUUUUGAAGAUGCUUCUACCAGUGGAACUGUUGUUUUUCGUGGCCAACAUGAUGACUCUGAUUCUCCUCGAACACCAAGAUCCAGGCUAGGAAUUCAAGAGAGAACUUCGAGUGCAUCAGCUGAAGAUAGUGCAGCAAAUCUUGCAGAGGCAAAGGCUGCAAUUCAAGCGGGGUUUAGGAAAUUAAAUGUUAGGGACAGGACUGCUUUGAGCAAGUUCAAUAGUCCUGGGCAUGAAAAUAGAAGAAGAGAUCAAAUGAGUAACAGUUCUGAUUCUUCCAGAGGUUCUCGUGAAUAUUUUGAUGCACAAAGAGUAUUUCCAAGAUCACGUCAACCAAGUGAUGAUGAAGAAAAUGCAAAGAUAGCAUCAUCGUCUAUAUCACUAUCCAUGUUGCUUAUCCCUUCCCUAAAAGAGGUGAUUGCUGAUGAUUCAGAAGGGUCUGUUGCGCGUGCAGUUACAAAUUCUCUCAUAAAUAUGGAGCGUACAAAGCCCGGAUCUUGUGAAACUCUUGUUCGCAGGUUGCUCGAGCGAUUGGCAAGCUCGAAGGAACCUUCAAUGAAAGAUAUCCAGGAGCUAGCGGCUCGCAUGUUCAAUAAGGGCAAGACAACUCCUGAAGAUACACAAAAUGCAAACAUGGAAACUGAUAGUAGGAAAAAGCAACAGCAUAAAGAACUUAAUUCAAAUUCCAACUUGAGCCCACUUGCUAGAUUUUUACUUUCUAGAUGGCAAAGCCAAACAUCGCGAGAUCUCAACCCAACUUGAAGGAAACUGUGAGAUUUGAUUAUAUCUCCAUUUUGCAGUGUGUUUUCUUUAAUGCAAUUGUUCUGAUUUUGAUGUACAUAACAUUGUAAGAAAUUGUGUAUUUAUUAUCCAUUAUGAUUAAUUUUCUAUCUUACAUUUUUGUUUUGCCAUGGCAGCAUUGGUGUAUAAUUAGGUUUUGCUAUUAUCAACAUUACAAGAUGUAAUCUCAGUAAACAUUGAUCAUUCAUUAAAAUAAUCUCUUCACUGUAA